UUGGUGAACAAAAGAAAUUUCACACUUCAGAUAGUCAAAUAACAGUUUUCAUCGUUGAUUCCACUGUCGUUUAUUAAUACUCGACUAAUCAUGUUUUACAGAAUUUGUUUCGUGCUGCUUACCUGUUUCAGCUCCUCAGUGUGGGUGAACGCAGAACAGGAUGGUCACUGUGUCAUGUAUGAUCAGUGUGGGCGUGGGAGGUAUGGUCACCUCAACUGUUACUACAAUGGUUCUGCACAGCAAUUGAAUGACGAGGAGACGGUCAAGAUGCUCAGAGAGCUUUGUCCCGAAUUCCAUGACGAUAAGCCAUUUACUUGCUGUACGAAGUCACAAGUGGAAAAGCUGGUGAAAGACCUGAAACUUCCUCGUCGUCUAGGAUUUGGUAACUGUCCUUCGUGUGUCAGAAACUUCCAGAAGAACUUUUGCCAACUUACUUGUUCGCCCUAUCAGAGCAGAUUCCUCAGAGUUACUAAGACUAUAAUGAACGAUGAUGGUGAAGCCAUGGUAGAAGAACUUGAAUAUUUGAUGUCGUUUAAGUAUGCUCAAGAGUUGUUCACUUCAUGCGAAAACGUUGAGGGAAUAUUUCCUGGCAAGUCUCUACUGAAAGAGAUGUUUUGUGGAAAAUGGGAGAAAGAUUGCAGUCCUCAGAGGUGGCUAGAUUUUAUGGGGUCUACUCCCGAAAAUUCUGGCUUUGCCCCAUUUCAAAUCAAUUAUGUUUUGCACAACGAAACUGAAGUCCAAAUUGAUGGUCACCUUUUUUUCCCUAUGAAUGAAAAGACAACAAAGUGUUCAGAACCAUCUGAGUUACAAGAAGAAAUAUGUCAAUGCAAAGACUGCCCAGAUGCAUGCACUCUUUGAUGCAGUAUCAGAGACCAUACCCUUUUUUACCACACAAAAAGGUGGACCUUUUCAUAAUGUACCUAAAGUCUGCACCCUUUAUACUAUUUUUGUAAAAUUGUUCUCCUAUUGGACGGGUUCUUUUAGAUAACUUGGGGAAAAUAAGUCCAGUCCAAGUAACGAUAACAAUUUAGUUUAUAACUUUCUUCUCUCACUUGUACGCUGUUUAACUUGUACUUUUUUAGGUCUCAGUUUACAAAUGAUGUUCACAGGAAACACAAUUUAUGCUAAUUAUGCUGCGACAAACGUAAAAAUAAACUUACCUCUAUA